AUGGAGAAUUUCAAAGCGGUUAUUGAGCGGCGUUCUCCAUUCUCAAUAAAAUUACUCGGCCGCAGGUACGUCGUAAUCCAUCUCGAGCGAAUCAAAAGCUUAUUAAAUAGGGAAGAUGCUAUUACCAGCUGCCUGGACAUGGGAACUUACAGGCAGUACGUGGAUGAGCUGGAGCAUAACUGGGACGACAAUAUUUACAUGGGAUGCUGCGUGGUGCGCAAGGAGGACCAGGCAGAAAAACCGAUAGCCGUGGCCAUCGCCUCUGCAAGUGCAUACAGGACAGAUGUCAGGAGGCCGACGGAGCUGAAUUGGCGAAGAACCGAUGCCAACAGGCAGAAGCAACAACAAUGGUGUCUGGAUUAUUUGGUGAGGCGCAGGGUAUUUCGUGGUAGUGGGGUUGGUUGCUUUGCACUUGUUGGUUUGAUGGAGUGCUUCUGCAGUCGUUUUGGUUAUGCCAUUUUGUGGCUGUUGCUGGCUUCUGCAACAGAAACGUGCUCUCUUUGUACACAGAUGUUGGGUUUCUUGUCAUGUCGCUUCACUCUGACAAGAAUCGCAUCAUGUCGUUACAAGUCCAGGACAUCGGACCGAGAGUGCGCAGAAAGUUGGUAAGACACCUUAACCUUAAGGCAUGGAGCGGCGGCUGCAGAACAGGAUGGUGAUGGUGGGUGGUGGUGAUGGUGGUUAAAUCUUGCAGGAAAAUAAUUUGAAUUACGAAAUGUGUGAUAGGACAAAGUAUAAUUGGUUUCCUAUGGUGUAUGCAUGUAUUAAAACAGCAUAUUAGGAACACAUGUAAAUGAAGUGUGCUAUUCCUAUUUGAAAAGAAACAGCAAUUAAAACGGAACAUAUUGUUCCUAGUUGACCUUAAUUGUUCCGCUACACUUAUUUCUGAAAAUCAGAACGGUUUAAAUGAGGAACAAUAUUAAUUGUUGUUCCUUAUUUAGGAACAAAAUGUUCGGCGCAGCAAAUCCUUAAACAAAUAGCUUUUGAAGCGGAACUAUAUUUGUUAUGCAGAUGCUGUUCCUUUGUGUUGUUCCCCUUUAUUGUUCCCUUUUCUUGUUCCCUUUUAUUGUUCCGUUCUUAACGAAGCGUAUUAAUUUAAUUAACAAUAAAUUUUACACAAUGCAAUGUUGUGGGCCAUUAUAAGCAAAUAUUAUUAAUGCAUUGUGCACACAAAAUAUUUACUAUAAAGACCAAGCUAAUUUUACUCACGUAGCAUUUGCUCGUUUUACAUGUUUGCACAUAGAAAAGCUCAAAUAGAUUGGAAGUCUGUAGAUGGUGCAUUUACAAAACCAAGGCGAUUGCAUUUGGCUAAAGGCACCGAUGGGUCAGACCAUUGCCCAGUAAAAGGAUGUGAACAUUCAGCAUUUCAAAGUUGAAGAGGCUGUCGUAAACAUGUUAAAACAAAGCAUGGUUGGUAUUACUAUUUUGAUGAAAAGCCCAACGUGUGCCUUUCGCCGUUUGCAAGCACAGAAACUCAGCCAAAGGGGUGUAAAACAGUUCCUGGCUGUUCCACAGAUAAUGACUUUGCUCGCUCAUUUUCCAAGUGGCUUCGAAACAGCUGCAGUGGCGGCAAAUCUCUCAAACAAUCGGACAUUUCAGUUAGCAGAGCGUUAAAGUUUAUAAAGUUUUGUUGUGACGAGAAUGGCGACGGCGAAGAAGACGUGCUAAAUUCUCCUAAUUUGUUCGAUUAUGCCUUGGGGUCUCCACAACUGUUAACAAAAUUUGUGGACAGUCUAAAAGAAAAAUGGGGUCUUGGACAAUCAGCACAAAUUUCUUACGUGGCAAGUAUUUCAGAUUUACUGGAUUUUCGCAAAUUUAAUCGUCCCAGUGCAUCAGUGCUUCAAAACUUUGCCGUUACCGAGGUGUAUGUGAAAAGAGCAAGAAAGUGUUUAGCAAAGGACAUGAAAUCAAAUUGGACAACCGAAUUAGACAUAGAGACCCUGGAAUCGCGUAGAAGUUGGGCAACCCUUUCUGAAGUACAAUCUGUAAUUCCAUUUCACAAGGAACGUUAUAAAUCUGUAUUAGAAAAUUGUAUUGUAUCUCCUUCAGUCAAAACUGGCGAUGUGACGUUUGCCACCCGAUUCGUUGCGGCUUGUAUGUUCCUGAAAGUGAAAGGUUGUCGUCCAAUGACCUACCAGCAUCUAACUUUGCGAAUGUUUGAAAGUGCAAAAAGGAACGAAGGAAUGGUUGAUCAGAAAAUAUUCAAGACGGCUAAAAGAUACAGCUUUGAUAGUGUAUAUUUUGACGAAUGCAGCAUCGAGUUAUUGGAGAAAUAUAUCAUGUACAUACAACCCGUUCUUACACCCACUUGCGAAUUUCACAAUUUCAGAAACUUACAGAUCUUUUCAGUGUGUUGGUGUUCGAAGCUAUCGGAAAAUACAUUCACCCAACUAAAUACAGAGUGUCAUACGACACUUAGAAAAAAACUACACCCGGCUAGUUUUAUAGUUAGUCGGUCUUGGAUUCUUGAAGUGUCGUUACUCAGCAAAGUUAUAGGGUUGACACUUAGAAAAAAACCCAGCAACCUCGUUCUAUACUAUUUAUGA